CCGGACAUGUUCAAAAUCACUAUCCCUAUAAUAUGCGSCUAUUUUUCUUUCUUUCUAGAUUCUUUUAGACGUUUGAGUCUGGAUUUUGAAGAGGAUCCCCUUUGUCUUCGGUACGACAUGAUGUUACCGUUGGUGAAGGAUGAGUAAGACAAUUAAAACCAAUCGUUUGACCUUGCAGUAAACCAAACAACUAAGCAAACCAAAUAUCCAAUUUCAGUCCAAAUUAGAAGGUAGUCCAAAUGUGACGUACAGACGCAACUACAGCUUCGCGACCAAAGUAUAUUUUUCGCAAUUAAAGAUACAACCAUAACCCAUGACUCAAACUUGAUGGAAUAACUACAAGCUUUGAAUGACAUUGCCGGCUCAUUGAGGAUAUAUAUUCAAGCUCUGUGGUAAUCGUUGAUGUAUUCAAACUAAGGCAGGCUGCUGAACUGCAAAACAGGAAAAACGAUGAGUGACACCGCGAGUAAAGACAGCAAUAUUAGGGAGAGAAAAAGAUCACUAGCAUGGUUUACGGCAGCUUCUGCAACGUACUUGGAUCUUGGACUGCCUGCAAAACAACUUAUCUGUCAGUACAGAGAAUGCUUAGCAGUAGCCGAGGAACACAAUGAUUCAAAACUAUUUCAAUAUGGUAUUUCUGCUUUAAAUACGCUAGAUGACGACAACAUCACAUUUUAUUUCACGAAGAAAACAGGAGCGGAAUGUGAAAAUGACAUGACCGUGCACAUAAUGUCAGGGAAUGCCCACUUGAAGAAAGAAGAAUAUGAUGCUGUUAUAUCAAACAGUAAAAUACGUCUUGCCAUCGCACAAGAAUCUGGUGAUAAAGUGGCUGAGAUGAAUGCGUACAAGAGGUUAGGAAAUGCCCAUUUGAACAAAAAAGAAUAUGAUAAUGCUAUAAAAUACAGUACAAAAUGUCUUGCCAUCGCACAAAAAUCUGGUGAUAAAAUAGCUCAGAUGUAUGGAUGUAUGAUGUUAGGAAGUGCCCACUUGAAGAAAGAAAAAGAUGAUGAUGCUAUAAAUUUCAGUAAAAAAUGUCUUACUCUCGCAAAAGAAUCUGGUGAUAAAGUGGUUGAGAUGAAUGCGUACAUGAUGUUAGGAAAUGCCCACUUGUACAAAAAAGAAUAUGAUGAUGCUAUAAAAUACAGUACAAAAUGCCUUGCCAUCGCACAAGAAUCUGGUGAUAAAGUGGUUGAGAUGAAUGCGUACAAGUCGUUAGGGGACGCCCAUUUGAACAAAGAGGAAUUUGAUAAUGCUAUAAAAUACAGUACAAAAUGUCUUGCCAUCGCACAGGAAUCUGGUGAUAAAGUGCAUGAGAUGAAUGCGUACAUGAUAUUAGGGCUUGCCCAUUUGAACAAAAAAGAAUAUGAUGAUGCUAUAUCAUACAGUACAAAACGUCUUACCAUCGCAAAAGAAUCUGGUCAUAAAGUGGCUGAGAUGAAUGCUUACUUGAUGUUAGGAAAUGCUCACUUGAAGAAAGAAGAAUAUGAUGAUGCUNUAAAAUACAGUAUAAAAUGUCUUGACAUCGCACAAGAAUCUGGUGAUAAAGAGGCUGAGAUGAAUGCGUACAAGACGUUAGGGGACGCCCACUUGUUCAAAGGCGAAUGGGAUGAUGCUAUAAAAUACAGUAAAAGAUGUUUUGCCAUCGCACAAGAAUCUGGCGAUGAAGUUGCUAGCAUGAAUGCGUACAUAAUAUUAGGGCUUGCCCAUUGGAAAAAAAAAGAAUAUGACGAUGCUAUAUCAUACAGUACAAAACGUCUUACCAUCGCAAAAGAAUCUGGUAAUAAAGAGAAUGAGAUGAAUGCUUACUUGAUGUUAGGAAAUGCUCACUCCAGGAAAGAAGAAUUUGAUGAUGCUCACCGUUUCUUUACAGAAGGCAUGACAAUAGCUAGACAACUAGAGGACAACCGUAUCGUCUCCUAUUUUGCAAUACUUCUAAAUGAGAUUUAUGAAAUGGUUGGCACGUCUGAAAGAUAUAGUGGAUUAGUAUCACCCCCGAAAGAGUUUCUAGAUGAUGUUCCGAAUAUCGAACGUUUUGCCAUUUCGUUUGCUCGCUACGAGUAUUAUAAAGAAAACAAAGAAUACGAGGAAGCUAUUUCAUGUCUUGAGACUUGUAUGGCGCUCGGAAAGAACAGUAUCAAUGAUGCAGAAGAUGUAUAUAGUGAACAAUUAUGGGUAUGCAAGCAUGCCAUCUCAGAGUUGCAUGUGUUAGUUGGGGACUACGAUAAGGGUAUACAGUAUCAACAAGAAGCACUAGAUGAUGCACGCAAAGAGGGCUCAAGGUCCAAACAAGCAAAGUCCCAUUUUAGCCUAGGCAAAGUCUAUUAUAAACUUCAACAGUAUGAGAAUGCAGAGAAGUCAUUCAAAGAAUCGUUAACGUACUAUGAAYUGAUAUUUGUUGGUCUUAAGCAAAACGAUCGUUUCAAAAUAGCUUUCGUUGAUCAAUACAAAGAGACUUUCAAGMUGCUUCUGAAGGUUCUUAUUGAAACAAAUAAGAAAGAAGAAAUUGUCGUCCUUUGUGUUCCACCAAGACAAACUCCUUCAACACCACAUCGAUGUCAUGUGACUUAUAAACAGUACAGGAAGCCCAAGUAUGGUAUUUGUGCCAGUGGGAAAUCACUCUUAUGUCGUUAUAAACGACACUCGUGA